AUGCCCGUCGACCUUGAACAGCACGGUUUCUUCAGUCAAGGGUCGCCCCACAAGUCAUGGGAAUCGAAGAAGGACACCAUCCGAAGACUGUACAUCGAAGAAGCCCGGCCAUUAUGGGAAGUACAUGAGAUAAUGAUGAAGGAACACGAUUUCAAAGCCUCUAUUCAGCAGUACAAAACUCGAUUCAAACAAUGGGGUCCGCCUUUUCCCAAAAACAAGACACGAACAAGGGCCCACGAGCAAGUCCCCAUUCCUUCAGGCUCCGCGAGAAGAACGAGACCCAGGAGAAUUACUACCAGGCUGGAACAUCAGCGCUCAGUAGCAACCUCCGGAGAUGCCAGACUGGUCAUACUCUUGCCCAAAUCGCCUCGCACACCAGCAGUGGAGCUCGCCUUGCGCUCAGCGGGCAACUAUACACAGGGGCUGCUCAACGACUUCACUUGGGAUAACUUCACGAUAACAUCCCAGGCCGGAAGGUGUGAUUUCGCAGCACAGUGGCAAGAGAUUGUGGACCAGUGCUGGGGUGCCACAGAGCUGGUGCUGCGGAAGGAGUUGCCCGAUGGCUUUAACGCAUUGCAGCAGAUGUGCGCGAAGCUGAGUGACGUGGUCCGAUUUGUCAGCCCGGCGAUGAUGGUCAAGUUGUGGAGGCUGUGUUACCGACUCUACAAGACAUGCUCCAAAAUGGGCGACGGUGAUUUUCGACUCCUCCGUGAGUUUCUCAGAUACAUCAGAGAACUCAUGGGUCACCAUCAUGGGAACCACCCGCUUUGCCUGGCGCUGGACGCGAUAUCUACGGCUCCUGGAGGUGAGCUACGCGACACUCUGAGAGUGUUCUAUCUCAUCACAAUCCGGGCCAUGGAGUCCCGAUUGGGACAGCAUCACUCCGUCGUUCUAAAUAUGUGGUCCAACUACUUGAAAUACUGGGAGGGAGAUGGCUUGGACAGCGCGAGCUUCAUCCAGGGGUACCAAGCGCUCCUCGGCACUUCCGAGUCCGAGUUUGGGGUGAUAGUAGAAAGCACCGUCACGGUGCUCCACGGCUUCAUGUACGCCGCAUACUACAACCUGAAAGACAAAGCUCUCAACAAACACCUCGCUUUAGAGCUGCACAGCAGGGUACCGCAAAUGCCUUGCCUUCAGGGAGUUCCUUGGUGGAGUGUGCCUACGCAAGGAUUUGCCCUUGCAGCAAAACUGCUUGCCACACUGAGCCUUGAAGAAGGGCAAAUCGAAGCCUCGUGGUCGUUCAUAGAAAAUGCUGUCAAUCGGUUGAGCCAAGGGGAUGGGGAAUGUCAAACGAGAUCACGUAUGCUGAAAGGGAUUCUGGAUGGCUGGCAAAGAGAACAGCUGCGGCACACACAAUUGCCACACAGACUUUCACAAUCAGUGGCAGUGGCUUCGGAGGACGCUGUUUGAUUCUGGUGGAGAUGGUUCAGUUUGCAUUUGGCAACCCUGACUUCCAGAGCGGGCUCAUGUUGACCCCGGCUACCAUUCACUGGCAAUAAAGUACU